GAGCGAGAGUCAGACAUGCGGGCACAUUUACAUCUUUUAUUCAUUAUGCUUCAUUUCAGCCGAGGUUGUGAUGUUUCAGAUGUGUCUCAGACUAAAGUAAUAUCAGGAUACAGCGGUGGUUCAGUGCUUCUGCCCUGCUCCUGUGCUCAACCUCAGUCUACAGUCCACACAUUCAGCUGGCAGUUUCAGCAAACUGUUAAUACUUGGAUUUCAGUAUUUGAGAAUCAGAAGUACAGAGACAGACUUGUGCUGUUUAAUGAAAGUUCUCCAACAAACCUGUCUCUACUCAUUUCAGACCUCAGAAAGACAGAUGAAGGGUACUAUAAGUGUCUGACUGAACAAAAUACUCCUACAUUUGUUCAGCUAACAGUUCAAGGAUGUGACUUGGUCAAUACUGGAAAGACAGUGGAGUUGACUGGAAAUUCAGGAGAGUCUGUGCUUCUGCCCUGCUCCUGCACUGAACUACUGACCAAACCUGAACACAUACAAUGGAUGUAUAUGACAGAGAAUAAUUAUAAAGAAAUUUACCCAAAGGAAGAGGUUGAGAGUCACAAGAACAGAGUGAAACUGUUAAAUCAAAACACUCCAGGAAAUCUGUCUCUGCUCAUAUCAGCACUGACCAUAAAACACCAAGGAACCUACUACUGUUCUGUCUCGCCUCAACAAAUAGUCUAUUUUAUACUUACUGUUAAAGAGAAUCCAUAUACUCAUCCAAUUAGUUCAACAACACAUGAACCUCCACACCACUUCACAAAUCUUCCAGCAGCUCAGCCAGCACACAACACACUUCAUUAUGUUUUCAUUCUUUUGGGAAUAUUUCUCUCAGUGCUGUUACUGACGUUACUAGUAUUUAUCUACUGGAGAUGCAGAGGAGGCAGAACUGUGAAAAAGGAGAUCACAAAGGAGUCCAAUGAUGGUGAAGCACUAAAGAAAGAACCAGACAGUCAGGAUGAUGUGAUGUAUUCUACUGUAGUCUAUGUUAAAACAGCUUCCAAAGAAUCUGACACACAACAUCAUUAAGAAGAGCUCACUGAGUAUGCUAGUAUCAAUGUGAAACAGUAAAUUGUCUCAUUUUGUUACUGAGUUUUGUGUAUACUCAAAAAAAGUCAGAACUGUUUGUUGUUAGGAGCUGCUUUAGGUGGCUCAAGAAAACUUUUGUAAAGAAGUCUAGAAAACACAUCAUAAAACUCACACAAACCAUAUUAGCACUGCUUUAGGUAACAUCACAAACUCAAGCUAAAAAUAUUGGAUAAAAAAAUAAGAUUAAAAUGUUUGUAAACUUUUGUUGCACUCUGAGGUCACCUAAAAUGUUAACAAGAUUUGGUUUACAUAAAAACAUAGCAAAAGCUAGAAAAUAAAUGAACAAAAAAUAUAUAUAAAUUGUAAUAUAUUAUUGCACAUACUCUUUGUAUACUCUUUCUUUUUUUCCCAACACUUAUUUGUCGCAUUAAUAAAUAGGAAGUAUUGUCACACUUAGCCAGGGGGUUCAGGUGGUUUGAAAGACCCACCCCACUACUGACAAAGUCCAGAAUUUGGCCCCUAUAUGAGGUUAUUUGUCUCAUUUUUGACAGUAUGCCAUCAUAAAUUUAGAAAAUAAGCGAUAGAAGAAGACUUUAAGACAAGUUAAAUUAUUAAUUAUUCAAAUAGAAAAAUUCUUACUGAAGAAAUGAGCUGGCCAGUCUGUUAUUUGUCCACAGGCUACAGUUAUUCAUUUAAAACACGUUUUAACAGAUUCCUAACUGUUUUUUUAUUUAUUUUUUGAAUGAUAAUGUAUAAGCAUUUUAAACAUUUUUUUUUCAUAUUUCUUUGUUCAAAAAUGUUUAUUUAAAACCAACCUCAUUACAUUAUUUAUACAACUGUAAAAACUUAAUGCACAUUUGUAAAAAAAAUUGUUUUGUCAACAUAGCAUAGUAAGCACUUAGACAAAAAUGUAAAAAAUAUUUUUGUUUCAUUAAAAGGUGUGGUAAUGAUAACCAUCCGACAAGCUAAUCCAGCAAACAUUAAUGCUUAAAGUGUCACUAAAAUGCAGUAUUAGAACUGUAAAAUUUCAAAUAAAAUGAGGCGAAUAACUGCAAAAAGGUCCAAUUCUCGAGGAGAAAAAAGAAGAACCCCUUUUAAUAGGCAGGCUACAGGCCUGACUUCACACAUUUUCUAACAUGAACUAAUAAUUAACAUUACACAAUUAUUAAACAUAUAAUUAAACAUCAGUGACUUUUUAGUUCAGGUCAUUAUUCACGCUAUUAAACCAUUAACUAACACAACUUGCUUAAUAAACUAUCAAUCCUAUUUAUCAUUAGUAGUAAGGUAAAAGUUGGGUUCAGGUUUUGGGUAAGAUUAGGGAUGCAGUUUAAGAUCUUACUUUAAAACUACUAAUGAACAGUUAAUAUCUUUAAUAAGCCAGUAGCUAAUAGCAUGAGCUGUGACCUAAAUUAAAGUAAUGUUAGCCAAACAUCAACUAAUGCAUUAUUAAAAUCCAAAGUUGUGAUUGCUAAUCCUAAUUAACGUGAGCAAACAUGAACUAACAAUGAACAAUGUUUUUAUUAACCGUUAACAAAGAUGAACGAAUAAUGUAACAAAUACAAUUUUUGUUAAUGUUGGUAAAUAUGAUCACUAACAUUAGUGGAAACUCACUGUAAAGUUUUACUGAGGUAAACGCCCACUGCUAUUAUUGGCUAAAUGUUAAAGGCGUAUUAAUAUAAUGAAUAAAAAGUUUUGUUGUACUCUGAAAA